AUGGAAGACUCUGUAGGCAAAGAGCAUGCCAAAAGAAGAAGAAGGAGACGAGCAGCGGCCUUCACCAUGUUCUUGUGGGGAAUCUUGAUCUUUGCUCAGUUUGAUUUGUCUUCAUCAGCUCUUUCUCCUGACCAGUAUUAUCACCAACCGUACCCUUCACCGAGAAAGGUUGGUCCUCUCCACAGAACAGCCUCGUUUCAGUCCCCCAGAGCCUCUGUGUCAUUCGCAGGUCCACAUCAAGAAGAAGAAGACAGAGAUGAUGUUUAUAAAGACGACAAGAGAUUUGUUCACACAGGUCCAAAUCCUCUACAUAACUGA